UGGGUAAAAUGAAAUGAGCAAAACCGGCCGGGAAUGGAUUUCACUUUGUUGACAAUAAAUAAAUAUUUUUUUGAAAGUGUGAAGUGAAUUUUUGAUUGCGAUUUAUAUAAUUUGAUGUCAUCAAUGUCAUCAUCAUGUCGUCGUGUUGUUCAGUAACUCGUCGUAGUAGACACUUUUGUAGCUUAAAAUUAAAGGAAAUUCCUUCAUUUAGCGAAUUUUUCCGACUCCAGCAAUGUAGAAAUUUUACCAAUUCGCCAAAAACAGCGCCGGCAAAGCCGACUUAUCUUAAUGUGUUUGAUCGCAAAGCCAAACUUUUGCAGCGACAACGAGCACUCGUGGGGAACAGUUCGGGAGUGUUUGACUAUUUAAAGGACGAGGUCGGUUUUAUCAUGGCUGACCGAGUGAUUGACAUAAAACGGGAUUUGAGCACGGUAUUGGACCUCGGCUGCGGAAAGGGCUAUGUGAUGAAGCAUUUCAAUAGCAGUGUUGUGGGGUCCGCAAUUGCGACGGAUAGCUGUCAGGAAUUGCUUGACUCGGCUGAGGUACCUGAAGACAUCCCGACCCAUAAAAUAUUGAUGGACGAGGAAAAUAUUACCUUUAAAGACAAUUACUUUGAUCUAGUCGUCUCUAGUCUAAAUUUACACUGGGUUAACAAUUUACCAAAGACGUUCUCAACUAUUCAAAGAUGCUUAAAACCGGACGGUGCCUUCAUAGGAGCAAUGUUUGGUUGUCAAACCUUAUUUGAAUUGAGAUGUGCAUUACAGUUGGCUGAAUUAGAGAGGGAAGGGGGAAUGGGUUCGCAUGUCUCACCAUUUGCUGAAAUUAGAGAUAUCGGAGGACUUUUAACGAUUAAUGGGUUCACAAUGCUCACCAUUGACACACAAGAAAUUAAAGUCGCUUAUCCAACAAUUUUUGAACUCAUGGACGACUUGAAAGGGAUGGCAGAAAAUAAUGCAAACUGGCGAAGGAAAAUUAGAAUAAAUAAAGAAACUUUAUUUGCAGCCGGGUCUAUUUAUCAACAAAUGUAUGGGAAUGAAGACGGCUCAAUUCCUGCAACUUUUCAAAUAAUUUACAUGAUUGCGUGGAAACCUGACCCUUCCCAGCCUAAACCAUUACCGCAACAAAGGCCGGAUGUGUCGCUAAAGGAUUUGGAUAAACUAAAGUAGACAAUUCAGUCUUAAUUUUAUUUAUGUUCAUGCAUAAACAGAAAAUAAUAGAACAAAUACGAUAUAUAGCAAAAAUUAA